UGGGUUGCCGACUGAAGAGAAGCAAGUUUAGAAUCACUGAAGGGACGAGCUCUCUCUCUCUCUCCCUGAGAUUUUUGGUCCCUUGGAUUCUUCUGUUGAAUUCGUUAUUACAACGAGAUUUUGAAGAAGAAGAUCGACAGCAGAAGAAGAAGAGGAGGAGGAAGAAGAAAGAGCACGAGAUUCAGAGCAAGAAAUUUGAAAAGAAAAAAAAAACAUGGGAGGUUACGUGUUGGGUCCGGCGAGAUCGGGACAGACGAUAAUGGUGGCUCUUGUUUUGAUGGUUGGAUCUUUCUACGCCGGUACUCUUUUCGGAAACAAUGCGCCCAUCUACGUAUCACAAUCUUCUUCCAAUUCUUCUUCAUCCGUGUUCGUUAAUGGACAGCUAGAGAAGAGUUCUGAGAAUGUGGUUUCAGGUCCAUCGACUUUCUCGAAUAAAGUUGUGCUUACUUACCGGAGAGCUCCAAUUGUGAUCCCGGAGAGUGGGAUGAAUGUAUGUCCAUUGAAGUUUAACGAGUAUAUUCCUUGCCACGACAUGGCUUAUGUGAAAGAGCUGCUUCCGAGCUUGAAUGUUUCUAGAAGAGAAGAGCUUGAAAGGCACUGCCCACCACCUGAACAGCGUUUGUUUUGCUUGGUACCUCCACCUAAAGAUUACAAGAUACCUAUAAGAUGGCCAACCAGCAGAGACUAUGUAUGGAGAAGCAAUGUGAAUCAUACACAUCUUGCCGAAGUGAAGGGUGGGCAGAAUUGGGUGCACGAACAAGGGCAGCUAUGGUGGUUCCCAGGUGGUGGAACACAUUUCAAGCAUGGAGCUCCAGAAUACAUUCAAAGGUUGGGAAACAUGACAACUAAUGAAACAGGUGACCUGCGUUCAGCCGGGGUGGUACAAGUGCUUGAUGUUGGCUGUGGAGUUGCCAGCUUUGCAGCGUAUCUUCUAACUUUGGGCAUACAGACAAUGUCUUUUGCGCCCAAAGAUGGUCACGAAAACCAGAUUCAGUUUGCGUUGGAGAGAGGAAUUGGCGCAAUGAUUUCUGCCAUAGCCACCAAGCAAAUGCCAUAUCCCUCGGGUUCUUUUGAGAUGGUUCAUUGUUCGAGAUGUCGUGUUGAUUGGCAUGAAAAUGAUGGAAUCUUACUUAAAGAAGUUAAUCGUCUUCUUCGACCCAAUGGGUACUUUGUGUAUUCAGCACCGCCUGCUUACAGGAAGGAUAAAGAGUACCCUAUGAUUUGGGACAAGUUAGUGAAUCUAACUACUGCAAUGUGCUGGAAGCUCAUUGCCCGGAAGGUGCAGACAGCAAUAUGGAUUAAAAGAGAGAACGAGGCGUGCCUUCAGCAUAAUGCCGAGUUAAAACUUAUAAGUCUAUGUAAUGCUGAAGAUGAUUCCAGACCAUCUUGGAAAGUUCCUCUGAGGGACUGUGUACGAAGAACUAAUGCAGACACAGAACCGAGACCCUCCUCUUUAGCUGAGCGUCUAUCAACAUAUCCAAGAAGUCUUAAACAAAUCGGAAUCACCGAAGAAGAAUUUACUGCAGACACUGGCUUCUGGAAAGAGCAAGUUAGUCGUUACUGGCAAUUGAUGAAUGUCAACGGGUCUGAAGUGCGGAAUGUGAUGGACAUGAAUGCGUUUAUUGGCGGAUUCUCUGUGGCUAUGAACUUAUACCCAGUUUGGGUGAUGAACAUAGUACCUGCUACCAAGCAAGAUACCUUGUCCGGAAUUUAUGAGAGGGGCUUAACCGGCGCUUUCCAUGACUGGUGUGAGCCAUUCUCAACAUAUCCACGCACUUACGAUUUGCUUCACGUCGACCAUGUCUUCUCUCAUUACCAAAACCAUGGUGGCACUUGCUUAUUAGAGGACAUAAUGCUCGAGAUGGACCGCAUGAUACGCCCCCAGGGAUUCGUCAUUAUAAGGGAUGAAGAAUCUUUCAUCACAAAGAUCCAAGAACUGGCUCCCAAGUUCUUGUGGGAAGUUGAAGCACAUCAGCUUGAGAACAGAGACAAGAAGACAGAAACUGUUCUAAUAUGCAGAAAGAAGUUCUGGGCAAUCAUCUGAAACAUUGGUUUCUCUGAGUUUGCUUCUUUAGACAACACAGUUUCCAGAGAUGCAAGAGAAAGAAGGAUACUUUUGCUUGGUUUGGGAGAUGAAACACAGUUCAAGAACUACUCAAGUCUGUAACUUUUGUUCAUUUGAUUGGUUAUAUAUAGCUUUCACUGUAUCUCGGCCAAAAAAAAAAACACUUUUAUUAGUUUCUAUUUUGACCCCUAUAUUAAGUUUUAUGUUCAGA